GAUCUGGAAGGAGGCCCGAAAUACCUUUCUCGAAUGAUUAUUGAGCCAAACCCCACAGCAGAAAGAAUAGAGAAUGAUAUGACCACAACUCUCAAUGAAAUACGCAAUCAAGCAACUGUUGCCACAACAGUUCGAAGCGAGUGGUUCCAUAUUCUGUGUAGUGCAAGUCUUCGCGAGAUGGGACCAGCAGAAAAAGUUCAACUCUUGAACCACUUUCUGCUCACUGUCAGACUUACAAAGGAACGACUUCUCCGCUUUGGAACACGCUAUGUUUUGAUGGAUCGAAUCUACGAAAGUCGCACCCAAGGAGACGAGGAUCUGGCGAAUCAGAGGGAGGAGUGGUUGCAGAUUGAAGAACCCCAAGUGCAGAUCAAAGAGGUUAUGGCCAACGUUGAAAAAGAUGUACGCCGCUUGGAAACUACUAUGAAGGAAAUAAAGGAGUAUAGGGCAGCUGCAGAUCGUGAACUCAGGUCUAACCGUCAGCAACUGGAAGCGGCAGAUAUACUCACUAAGAGCAUACAAGCCUUGGAGGAUAAACUAAGGAUGAUACCGAACCAGUCAAGUGAUGAUAAGAUAAAGAUACUUCACGAAAGGCUUACUGCCUUGGAAAUGACCCAAAAACCUACAGAGCCUCGAAAAGGCGAAUCGCUGGCAAUUCAAGUUGAUGAUAAUAAGGGACGCACUGUGGUCGCACAGGAGAGCGUGCAAGUUGUGGAAAAGAAAGAAGAUCCGAAAAAGCCACUUCCGGCCCAGGCCAAAGAAAGAGCGGAUAGAAAACUACUUGAAGAAACAGACGAGCAAUAUUUCGGACGCUUGGUUCUCGAAACAAGUGAAACGAAGCAGAAAGCAAAGGAUCGUCCUCCUUCUCAAUCGAUUUGCCUCUCGCUGAGGCUUUUCAACGUCUCUUAUAGCAGAGAUCACACCGAUGUUCCUGGAAUUUGCAUAGGCAUUGUCUAUUAG